AAUCAACAUUAUUAAAGGUCGACGUCAAUUUCACUAUUUAUAUCAACUCCAAGAAGUAUACCACUUCAAUCAGCAAUGGCUUAUUGUCACUAAUCUAUUUUUGCAUACCAAAAUCAAUGCCUUAGCCGUAGUAAUAGGUAUUCUUAAACUCCACUUCACCGAGUUUAUAGUUAUUUGGACACUUCACCUCAUCAUUAUUCGGAAACUUCAAGUUACACCAGUAAUAGAAACUACUGAGAAACCGAAAGAUGUAGAUGUUAAUCAAUAUCUCUAA